ACGUUGACAGCUGUCAUAGUUGAUGUUGUCAAUCGAAUAAUCUGUCAGAUUUCUUUAUCCGUUCAAAAUGUCCAAGAGAGGACGUGGUGGUUCCGCGGGAGCGAAAUUCAGGAUUUCCUUGGGUUUGCCCGUCGGGGCAGUUAUGAACUGCGCUGACAAUACCGGGGCAAAGAACCUGUAUGUAAUCGCAGUCCAAGGUAUCGGCGGACGGUUGAACCGUCUGCCAGCUGCUGCAUCUGGAGACAUGAUCGUCGCCACAGUAAAGAAGGGAAAACCGGAACUCCGUAAGAAAGUCAUGCCGGCAGUAGUGAUCAGGCAGAGGAAACCGUUCCGCAGGAAGGAUGGCGUGUUCAUCUAUUUCGAAGAUAACGCGGGGGUCAUAGUGAACAACAAGGGAGAAAUGAAGGGAUCCGCCAUCACAGGUCCGGUGGCGAAGGAAUGCGCCGAUCUCUGGCCCAGGAUAGCUUCGAAUGCGAGCAGCAUCGCAUAAUGUUAUUUUUUUCUCUUGUAAGGUGUAAAAAAAGUUAAAAUUUUGAGGGCGAAUAAAUGUUGUCCUCUCACAA